GUACGCCCGCCACCUCCCCCACCCACCCGUCGUCUACUCAUUUUCUCCCGACGCGCACUGCACUCUCCUCGCGCCGCCGCCGCCGCCGCCGCCGCCACUACAGCUGCGCUCCAUGGCCUCCAUCGCCGGAUCCGCAGUAUCCUUCGCGAGGCCCAUCAAGGCAAUCAACAUUAACUCGGUCUCUUUCUCUGGUUUAAGGAAGGAUAAUGUAUCCUUCGGUCUGCAGCCAGUGCCACAAAGAUUUGCAGUUUUCUGUUCUGCUAAAAAGGACACGGUGGACAAGGUCUGUGGUAUUGUCAAGGAGCAGCUUUCGCUUCCCGAAAACGCUGUAGUCGGUGGCUCCUCAAAGUUUGCUGAGCUUGGUGCUGAUUCAUUGGAUACUGUUGAGAUCGUUAUGGCACUCGAGGAGGCUUUCGAGAUCACUGUGGAGGAGUCAAGUGCACAGUCAAUUGCAACAGUCGAAGAUGCUGCUGAGCUCAUUGACAAUCUUGUUGCUGCCAAAUCGUCCUAAACUCAUGGUAGUAAUGCUUUGGGUGCUUAAACUGGCUCUGUACCAGGGCAUUCCUUGUUCUAUGCCCCUUUUCUGCUGGAUUUUACUUGGAGAUCUGGUUACAUUGUAAUGACUGUCAUUUCCUAUCUUGUGAUGCUAUUACGUUGAAGCGUUUGGGCUUGCGGA